CAUACAGGGACUGGAUGAAUAACCAUGGCAACAGCAGCAGCAGCAGGAGAAGCGGUGAUAUAAACAUUUACUCAGUAAAGGCUGGAACCGAACCCUCUGCGGACAGUGCGCUUCAUCAAGGUGAUGAGUGGGAUUAUAUCAUGUCUGAAGUACAGGGAACACUGGAGUUUUCUGUAGAGCUGCACAAGUUUCACAAUGUGGAUCUCUUUCAAAGGGGGUUCUACCAAGUACGAGCAGGGUUGAAGGUCUCACCUCGAGUGCCCCACAGGUUGAUAGCGACAACACAAGACAAUACAGAAGAAUGCAGCUUCAGCUCUGCGGGGGUUUACGACGGCACCGUGUUCAGCCGGAUAUUUCAGAUCCUUUACAGAAAUGAGGAGAUUACCGUGAAUGACUGUAUGAUCUUCAAAGUCCACAUGCUAUUGGAUGGAGAAAGGAUGGAGGAAGCCCUGAGCGAGGUCGACUUUCAGUUGAAGCUGGAUCUUCAUUUCACUGACAACGAGCAACAGCUGGCAGAAAUAAUAACUGUCCCGUUGAUCAGCAGUCGGACCCUCAGCCUUCACUUCCACCCGCAGAGAGGCCUCCACCACCAUGUCCCCGUCAUGUUCGACUACUUCCACCUGUCCGUCAUUUCUGUCUCCAUACAUGCUUCACUGGUUGCCUUACAUCAGCCGCUAAUCAGCUUUGCACGUACGGGGAAGGGCUCCUGGCUGGGGAAGGGCUCGCCAGAGAGCGCGAGUGACCCAUCUGCCAUGUCUGUAGAGAACCUUGUGUUCGGAGCGGGCUACUGCAAACCAGUCAUCUCUGAGGGAAGCUUUUAUGUGCCCAGUGAAAACUGCCUGCAAGGAGCGCAUACGUGGCACCGAAGGCUGUGUCGCCUCCUGUUGGUCACACACAAAGGCCUGCACACCUACUACACAGCACUGUUGAGGGAAAUCCCACAGCUCCAGCAGACUCCGCUAGACUCAGAGGUGCUGCCUGUAGAAGAAACUCUAAAUCAGCUCACAAUACAGUUACAGCUACAGGAAGGCCAUGAGAAGGUAGCGGAGCAGAUCAGCAGGGACGUGAGCCAGCUCUGCUCCCAGCUGGCUGCUCUGUGGAGCCGCUUCCUGGAGGCCGCUGUGCUCAACCCCCACAUCCUCUCCUACCUGGCCCAGGAGCACCACACGCUCAGGGUCAGGAGGUUCUCAGAGGCAUACUUCUUCACUGAACACCCCAAAGAGAUGUCUCUGACAUUUCAAGAGGAACUUAUCAACAGACAUGGCCAGAUAGCUGCAGAGGUGCGGAGCUCAGACUACCUGACCAAGAUGCCUCCUUUGCCUGUUGAGUGCCUGGACAUUGAUGGAGACUGGAACAGCCUGCCUAUCAUAUUUGAGGACAGAUAUGUGGAGUCUCCUCAAACAGAGUCGAUAUCACAUGUGCCAACCGCUGAUGGGCAGACCAACUCAGAUACUGCUGUCACUGCUGCCAAUGGGGAUUUUGAAAGCAGCCAGGGACCCAGAUCACCAGCAAUACCCCAGGAUCCCUUGGACGGUGAUGACUGCAUGGACCUUCCCACAUAUGUCUCACUCAUAGCAGAGCAGAGUAAGAACAGUACCAACAUGAGAAGUACCCCUAACCUCAUUCCCACUGAGGACAGUGCUGGACUCUCUCCAGCAGGGACAAAAAACUUGAAGGAACCAGAGGAAAAACAAGGGCAGGUUGAAGAGAACUGUAAUCCAGGCCCGAGGUACAUUGCAGUUAAGCCUUGUGAUGUGGAUCCAUAUGGAGGAGAAGCAGUCCUGGUUCUCUCCUCAAACCAUAAUCCCCUCAUUGACUCUGAUAAAAGCAGUGAUCAGUCUCCUGCUCAUCAUGUAACAGAAAAUACCGUCCAACUUUGUGAUGCCACAAAUGACAGCAACGCAGGAGAGAAUGAAAACAAUGAAGAGGAGUCUGAUAUUGCCAUGCCAUUAAAUCACUCCAUGGAUGAUGAGAGUGAGGAUGUUCUACCCACUGCCUAUGGGCAUCCAGUUAUACCUCCCUUUCCCGGUGAACUCAGAAAAGACAUGACUCACCGUGGAGGCCUAGUUGGCUCCAAGAUCAUGAAGCGCUCAUCCUCAGUUAUUUCCGACUCAGGUAUUGAGAGCGAGCCCAGCUCGGUGGCCUGGCCCCUGGAGGCUGCACUGCGAGGCCGACCACCUCUAGACUUCUCCAGCGAACGGGAGAUCCCACAGCAAAUAGUGUGCCGCCACCCGGUCCACCGCAGCUCUCUGGAAGGCCUACAGAUGGAGAGCAAUGGCAGCCUUCCAAGUGGAGGCAUACAGGCCUCACUCACCUCUAUUAGCUCCCUGCCCUACGAGGAGGACCAGCAGCAGAGGCAGCUCAGCAAACUGACCAAGUCAGUCUCUGCGCCACAGAUAAGUAGCCCUGAAGAUACUGAGGAGGGCCAUGUGCUUCUCAACCAGGAGACAGACCCUAAGAGCUUGGUGACACACGAGGAGUCAUUUAAGAUAAACUGCUCUUCGUUGAACAGCAACCUGGAUUCUGAGCAAUCUGAAUCAUCUCUAUUAGACCCAAGUUUAAUGUCAAAUCUUGGCCAUAUUCUUGAGCAGAAUGUUAGCUCUGAAAAGUCAAACCCUCCACAGUACCUGUCAGAGACAUACAGAACCAAGUCAGUGUUAAGUGGUGUGUCUGAAGUCUUGCUUUUACAAGAGUUUGUAGCAAGCCCUCCUGUGAAGGACAGCGCUGUUAUUGGCAGCCAGGGGGAGAAUGUGAACCAUCAAACACACAUCAGUGGAGUAAGCGCCUCAGUGGAGGAUGUGCAUCUCAUUGAAAUGGAAGCAACGCCCUGCAGCUGUGGAAACAAACCAUGUGUGCAUAAAAGUGCUGCAGAUCAGGAGAGCAUUAACACUGCAGAUGAGUGCCAAAGCUUCCAUCAGACCAAAUUGCUUGAUGUUGAGGACCAGGAGUGUAUGGAUCCCUUCCGAACACAUCUACAGCCUUCAGAGCUUCACCACUCCAACGACCUCCCCAACAGUACCACCGUCACACAGAGGCCGAGUGACCUUACAGGGCUGACAGCCAAUGAUAUCACAUCAUUUGUUAACGUCAAUGGGAUAUCAGCCAGUGAGAAAGAACCUUUAGAUGGCCAGGCUAAGCCCUCUAAGAUCCCCAACUCAGGGCUGGCCUUCGUGAAUAAGAAAAUGGUGGAGGUGGUGAACAUGUCAGUAGCUUGUGCCCCGACCUGUCUGCCAUUUUCUUCCGUCCUGAGAGACUCUCCAUCCAUCAGUGGAAUGUCCGCUCGCCAGGCUACCUCACCUAUCACCCAUCAGCCCCUGGGCUCCUUUGGUAUCAUCUCGUCGUCUUCUCUCAAUCCCCUGAACAUGGAUGACGAGACCAAUGAACGAAUGCUAAAUUUCUACAAAGCCAAAGAGGAGCUGCUGAAAGAGUUGAGCUUUCAGGCCAGCUUGUACGCCGACCUUCCUGACCUGGCAUCAGAUAUGCCCUACUUCCCCCCUGAGGAGGAUGAUGAGGAGUUUGAUGACGGCAUACACCUUGUGGUGUGUGUCCACGGGCUUGAUGGAAACAGCGCAGACCUUCGGCUGGUGAAAACCUUUAUUGAGUUAGGAUUGCCAGGAUCCAGGCUGGACUUCCUCAUGUCGGAAAGGAACCAGACUGACACGUUUGCAGAUUUCGACACCAUGACAGACAGGUUGCUGGAUGAGAUCAUUCAGCAUAUCCAGCUGUACAAUCUCACCAUAGGCAGGAUAAGCUUCAUCGGCCACUCUCUGGGGAACAUCAUCAUCCGCUCGGUGCUGACGAGGCCUCGCUUCCGCUGCUAUUUGCCCAAGCUGCACACUUUCCUCUCGCUGUCAGGGCCACACUUGGGAACACUGUACAACAACAGCACGCUGGUCAGCACAGGUCUGUGGUUAAUGCAGAAGCUGAAGAAAUCAGGAUCCUUGCUGCAGCUCACCUUCAGAGAUCAAGUUGAUCCACGGAAAACAUUCCUCUAUCUCCUGAGUCAGAAACCAGGGCUCCAGUUCUUCAAAAACGUGGUGUUGGUGGCAUCUCCACAGGACCGUUAUGUUCCUUUCCACUCUGCCAGAAUAGAAAUGUGCAAAACUGCUCUUAAAGACAGGAGCACAGGGCCCGUCUACACUGAGAUGAUUAACAACCUCCUGCAACCACUUGUGGAGGCUAAAGAGUGCCGGCUGAUCCGCCAGAAUGUGUUCCACGCCCUGCCAAACACAGCCAACACCCUGAUCGGCCGCGCGGCCCACAUCGCUGUCUUGGACUCUGAGCUUUUCCUGGAGAAGUUCUUCUUAGUGGCAGGGCUCAACUACUUCAAAUAAAGGUGCUAGUAGGCUACUGCAGGCUUACAGGACAGAA